AAAUCAAAUAAAAUCUGAGCUACAAGAACAGAAGCAACAGAAACGACUGUUGAAAGAAUUGCAUCUGAAAAGAGUGCAAUCGUUGCGUAAAGAAUUGGAAUACCUUAAAGCAACCGAGUGGAAAUAUCAACCUAUAGAUCGAUAUUUGGACCAAAGUUACAGAAACUAAAAAUGUUAUCUUUCAUGUAUAAUAUUAUUAAUAAUGUUUUGAGAUAUAAAUUUUCUCCGCAACCGGAAGAAGAUGACAUAAAUGUUGUCAUAGCUAAGCUUGAAAAUGCUAAGGAUGAAAGUACAUUGACAUCGAAGUAUGAAGAACCCUAUAACAAAGAAGGAUGUUAUUAUAAAACAGGAAAUGUUACGUUUGUCAAUGAUGAUUAUAUUCUUAUAGACAACCGUUAUAUGUGCGAUGCAACCAGUGUACUAAUUGGUAAACCUAAAGUUGGAGAUAUGGUUUAUUACUUAGCGUACAAAAAAAAUGAGGAUAAUGAUCAAAAAAUAUGUAAGAUUAUAUCUGUAAUAGAAGAGUCUUGGGAUAAUACAAUUACUGUAUCACAAACAAAUAUUGACAAAGCAGAUAUAUUAAUAAGAAGUAUUAUCGGAAAAGUAAUUAGACGAGAGGGCAGGAAAGCAUUCAUUGAUCCUAAUGACAUUUGUAUUGAUCUAGAUAAGAUAAAUUCUGAAUUUAUCCCUGUAGUUGGAGAUUGGUUGAAGGUAGAAUCUUUGGUAGAAGUAAAUGAGAAUAAGACAGAUUUAACUGGAGAAAUUUUAGAAAUUAGUAGAAUACAACCUUUAAGAUUCAAAUUGGAUAUUGAUGUUAUAACUGAUUAUGAUCCUGUAAAACAGUAUGGAACAAUUGGAAAAAGUAUUGUAUUUAAUAAAGCUGCUUGUGAAUCUGGUUACAUACCUUAUGUAGGUGAUAAAGUAGCUAGUGAUACUAUAGAAAGUGAUCAAGGCAUCUAUUCAUGGAGAUCUUUGUCUGUAGUACCAUUAGUACAGGUGUCAGGUAAAACUAAACAACUUCCAACUUCAGAGUCUUCGCAGCCUUCACAAAUACCACAAUUCAAUCUGGAUACUUUGAUUAAAAAUAAGUGUGGCAUAAUUAUUAGUAAUGACUUAAAAAUCAAUAUAAAUAUUCAAGAAGAGAAAGAUGUAUUUGUUUUAAUACAGAAUACAAGUUCUGCUAGUCAUAUUUUAUGUAAAGGGUGCUUCAUGUCAAAGAAAGCACAAUCACAAUUAUCUUUAGUAUGGCCUGCAGUUAACCAAACUACUACUUUAAAUCCUUCUACAACAAUUUCCUACCAAUUUAAAUGCAGUGCAAAAUUUGUAGGAAUUUCUGAAGAAUUAUUUAUCUUUAAUUUUAAAGGAUUCCAAAUAGGAAGAAUUUUUCAAAUAAUUGUUAAACCAAAAAAUAUCUUAGAUACUCAAAAAAGGCACUUUUAUAAAAAAGAUAACUAUGUUCCAUUUAUAGAUCAACAAGAAGAAUCGAUGUACGUUCCAGGGAUACGACCCUGUAAACCACCUGCAUUUAUAAAAAUGCGUAAUGGUGUGUUUAAAGUACCACGGCGAUUUUGGGAUGCUGUAUUAAAUAAUUUAAAUAAAUCACAAGUUGAACAUGAAAUUGCAGUUGGAAAUGCAAUACCUUGUUUAUUACAAAGAUUAUGUUUUGAAACAUAUAGAGAUCGUUUUCAUGCUUUAUUGUAUUUGGAAGAAAUUGAUCAAACUUUUACUAUGCAACAAUAUGACAUGGAAAGUGCUGUAAUGAAACAUUGUGGGGAUUAUCUGAGUUUAAAAGUAGUUGGUCUAGCAGAAAAACGACCUUCUCUCCUUAUUGGUGAUAAAGCUAUAGUAUCCUUUAAAUGGGAUAAACAUCAAGGUAAAUUGAAAUAUGAAGGAUAUAUUCACAAAAUGACAAACACAGAGAUUUUCCUAAAAUUUAAUAAAAAAUUCCAUCAGGAAUAUAAUAAUGAAGAUUGUCAAGUAACAUUUAAAAGUUCUACUACUGUUAUGCAACGUUGUCACAAUGCUGUUAAUUUAGCAGUAUUACAUUUAGGAGCUGAAUUUCUUUUUCCUACACGUAUUAUUACAAAAGAUCCACAAGUAAUUUUAGAUGUCAUUGAUACCGAAGAGAAAGCACCUCGUGAGAAAAGAGAAUGUAAACGAAAUGGAUCUGUUUCAUCUGUAUCUUCAAGUACAAUUAGCGAUAGUUCUGAUGGUAAAUUAUUGCCAAAAGUAUCAGUUGCAGAAAGACUUUUUAAAGUCAAACCUAUGGAACAACCAAAGAAUAUAGCAGAAUAUAUUAAUUUAGUCACAGCUGAUCAUGAUACUGAUAAUAACACUAAGAAUAUUAGUGAAUUUAAUAAAGAUAAAGAUAAAGAUAAAGAUAAAAAUAAAGAUACUUUUAUUUCUUCUGACAUAGGAUGUAAAAAGCAAGUAGCUCCAGAUUCUUCCAAUACUCCUAAUGAUACAGCUUUAGAUAAGUGUAUCUCACAAAUAAAAGAACGGAAAUUAAUUUGGUUUAAUAAAACUUUAAAUUAUUAUCAAAAAGAGGCUGUAAAAAAUAUCUUAAAAGGAUUAGCUCGUCCUUUGCCAUAUGUGAUAUUUGGUCCACCUGGUACAGGAAAGACUGUUACUUUAUGUGAAACAAUUCUACAAAUAUUAACGAUUCUACCUGAAAGUAGACUUUUAAUCGCUACACCAUCAAACAGUUCAGCAAAUUUAAUAUUGGAGAGACUAUUGGAUAGUAAAAUAUUGAAACCUGGUGACUUGGUACGACUUAUAGCGCAUCAUUGUCUAGACGAUGGUACUAUUCCAAAAAGAUUAUUGCCAUACUGUGCAACUGCAGACAUUGCUGUAGAAGGAACACGUCAUAAAUUAGAAUCACCUGUCCAAGGUCCUAAGAUUAAUUGUACUAUGAGUACACUUGGACGUCAUAGAAUUACAAUUGGCACUUGUAUUGCUUUGGGAGUAUUAUACAAUAUGGGCUUUUCUCGCAGUCAUUUCUCUCACGUACUAAUAGAUGAAGCAGGCCAAGCAACAGAGCCAGAAAUUAUGGUACCACUAAGUUUCAUUCAUGCUAAUCAUGGACAAGUAAUUCUUGCAGGUGAUCCAUUACAACUUGGUCCAGUUGUACAGAGUAGAUUCGCAAAACAUUUUGGUUUGGAGGAAUCAUUCCUCUCAAGACUACUUUAUCAAUUUCCUUACCAAAGAGAUCCUGAAGGAUUUGAAACUUGUUAUGACCCAAGACUUGUAACAAAACUUGUUAUAAAUUAUCGAAGUUUACCAGAGAUACUAGAACUGCCCAAUUCAUUAUUUUACAACUCUGAAUUACAACCAAAGAUUUCAUGUAAAAAUAGUGACGAAGCGCAGCUUUUACGAUCAUUAGCUGAAGAAUUGCCUGAAAGGACAGGAUUACCACCAGCUAUACUUUUUCAUGGAAUAAAAGGAGAAAAUUUAAGAGAUUAUGAUAGCCCAAGUUGGUAUAAUCCUGAAGAAGCAACACAAGUAUAUCUUUACCUUUUAAAAUUAUACAAGCAUGGAAUUUGUGCAGAAGAUAUUGGUAUCAUAACACCUUACCAAAAGCAGGUUUUGCAAAUUCGACAAUUGCUUUUGGAAUUAAAUAUUGACUGUCCAAAAGUCAGUAGUGUUGAAGGAUUCCAAGGACAAGAACGAAAAAUAAUAAUCCUUUCAACAGUGCGAUCCUCCACAAAUUUUAUCAGUGAAGAUAUCAAACAUGCUUUGGGAUUUAUUGCUUCACCAAAAAGAUUAAAUGUUGCGAUCACUCGAGCACGUGCUUUACUCAUUAUUCUUGGAAAUCCUGAAUUAUUAGUUGAAGAUCCAUACUGGAGAAGUGUUCUCAUCUAUUGUCUUGACCGAAAUAGUUAUACUGGAUGUAAUUUCGUACCAUUUCAUCUUAAUAAUUCUUUUACAGAAACAGAUAGUAUAUUGGAUGAAGCUUAACAUGUCAUGUAUACGUAUAUAUCAUUGGUAUUGUAAAAUAUGUAAAAGAUAUCAAUUAUUUUUAUUUUUCUAUCAUUUUUUUUUAUUAACUAGGUGUUUCAACGCACUGAUAAUAGUCAGAAAAAAUAAGAAAGCACAUAAUGAAUAAGAGAAAUAUAUUAAAUUUCUCUAUUUAAAUGUAAUCAAUAAUAAGUAAAUGUAAUCAUUUUUUAUGUUUUAGAAAAAGUUUAUUAUUUCAAAAGAUCUAUAUUGAUUUUUUCAAAAUGAAUAAAACAUUUUUUUUUUUUUUUUUUUUUUUAUAUAGUAAAUAUGAUAGAUUUUUAUACAAUGAUGUACAUAGCUACGCAUCCAGCAGUAAUACAGCGUAUUCUUUAAUAAGUUUAUAUGCUCGAGAUAAGUUAUAAUGCUGUGUAUCAUCUUUGUAUUCAUAUAUUUUAUCAUACAGUUUUGUAUAAGAUGUUUAGACGUCACACAUCCAUAUUCCAAGAACGAUGAUACUGUAAAAAAAAAUAUGUUUAUUUAUAAUUUUUAAAAACAGAAGUAUAUUAUUAUGGAUUCUAAAUUCUUAGAAUAAAGCACAAAUAAAGCAAUAUUUUAUUUAUAAAAAAUAUAUUAAUGUGUUACAAAAUUUAAAAAUUCUAAAUUGUUAAAUAAUUUUGGAAGUUCAUAAAAAAUAUUUUUUUUAUUUUUGCUAAAUUACUAUAUAUUACUAUGAUGAAGAUAAAUCAUACAAAGAAUGUUAAUGUAUAAAAUAUCUUGUAACUUAAGUAAUCUAUGCAAAUAAAUAGUGAUGCAUCUUAUAUGAGGCUGACAAUGAAAACGCAAGAAAAAAAAACAAUUAUAUGUUUUUUUAUAUUGUGUGCGUUUGAGUGUGUGUGUGUGUGUGUGUGUGUGUGUGUGUGUGUGUGUGUGUGUGUGUGUGUGCGCUGUGCGUGUUAUAUAUACACACACAUAAAAUAGUUUUUUUCACCAUCAGCAAUGUAACUAUCCUGUCAUGCUUUGAUGUAAAAAUCUUUUGCUUGUUGAUAUUAAUAGCAUCAAACUUUUUAUAAUAAAAUUAUUGACUUCCAA